ACUUUAUGUAUUUGGAUGUAUUCAAUUUGCUUAUUGAGAAAUACCUCACAGCUAACUCUACUUCAGAGCAUUAUUUUUUAUCUAUGUUUGAUGAUCAAAUCAAUAUUAGGAAAGGACUCGUCUCUUACGGUUAACAAUUCCGAAAGCGAUUUAUUAUUAACGCGCUCCGAAGAUUUAUCUAGUGAGGGAUGGAGGUAUAGUUGCAGUGGUUACGUCCAGAAACAUGACUUUGACCAGCAAUCACAACAAAGGAAAGUGAUGAGCGCUGGAUCAAUUUCAAUCCGAGGACAAAAGUCUUCUUCGUCAAACAGCUUUAACUCCAAUAUGUUCAAUGUUGAUUUCACAACGUACACACCAACACAUCAAUGGACAAAAACUUUGGAUUGCGCUGAAUUUGUGGGAGCAAAGCGAAGUAAGCACACAGUCGUUGCAUAUAAAGAUGCGAUGUAUGUUUUUGGCGGAGACAAUGGAAAAAAUAUGCUAAACGAUUUGAUAUGCUUUGGCGUGAAAGAUAAAUCGUGGGGGCGAGCAUAUGCAACUGGUUCAGCUCCUGCUCCUCGUUAUCAUCAUACAGCGGUAGUUUAUGGAAAUUCAAUGUUUAUUUUUGGUGGAUACACUGGAGAUAUUUAUUCAAAUUCCAAUUUAACUAAUAAAAACGAUUUAUUCGAAUACAAAUUUCAAAGUGCACAAUGGGUUGAGUGGAAAUUCGUUGGAAAGCAACCAGUCCCACGUUCGGCACAUGGGGCUGCUGUCUACGAUCAGAAGUUAUGGAUAUUCGCUGGAUACGAUGGUAAUGCUCGUUUAAAUGAUAUGUGGACAGUGCCUCUGGAUACUGAAACUCAUCAAUGGGAAGAAAUAGAACAGAAAGGAGAUCGACCACCAACUUGUUGUAAUUUUCCAGUUGCAGUUGCUCGAGAUUGCAUGUAUGUUUUUUCUGGACAGAGUGGUCUUCAAAUUACCAAUGAUUUGUUUGAAUUUCAUUUCAAAACAAAAACCUGGCGGAAAAUAGCCAACGAGCACGUUUUACGGGGAGCAUGCCCACCUCCGUCACGUCGUUAUGGUCACACUAUGGUGCAUCAUGAUCGAUUUCUCUACGUGUUUGGAGGUUCGGCUGACUCUACUUUGCCAAACGAUCUACAUUGUUAUGAUCUCGAUUCGCAAUGCUGGUCAGUUAUUAUUCCGGAAGCAAACUCAAAUGUUCCUUCAGGACGAGUUUUCCAUGCAUCGGCAGUUAUUGGCGAUGCCAUGUACAUUUUUGGCGGAACUGUUGAUAAUAGUAUACGUCGGGGUGAUACAUACCGUUUUCAAUUUUCUAGUUACCCACGGUGUACCCUACGAGAUGAUUUCGGGAAAUUUUUCAAUGAUCGACAAUUCUGCGAUAUUCAAUUUGUUAUUGGCCCCGAAGAAAUCAAGAUCUCUGCCCAUAUUGCUUUGGUUGCAGCGCGCUCCAAGUUUCUGAGAAACAAGAUAUUGUCUGCUCGAGAUGCUAGAAAUCAACACUUAGAAAAAGUAUACGGCGCUUUAGAUAUACCGUUUUCUGAUCGCCCUAUAGUUGAAGUUCGGCUGCCUAAUGCAACGACAGAGGCCUUCGAGAUUCUCCUCAACUACAUCUACACAGAUAAAAUCGAUUUGAAAGAAUCAUACGCCAAGAAUAUUGUUAUACUCAUAACAGAUAUAUAUCAGCUUGCUGGUCAGUUUUUAAUGCCGCGGUUAGCACAAGGUUGUCUUCAGUACUUGGAAUUUAAAAUUUCAAAAAGCAACGUCUUAGAGGCACUUUAUAAUGCAGAUAAAACAAAGAUACAAAUAAUAAAAGACUAUUGCAUGGCGUUCAUAGUAAAAGAUGACAAUUUUAGUGAUGUUGUAAUGUCAAGUGAAUUUGGUGAUCUUGAUAAACCUUUGUUGGUUGAAAUAAUUCGAAAAAAAUUAAACCCCGGGAAGCUACAAAUAGAGACAAACUAUGAUAAAAAUAUUGGUUCAACUCUAGAAGCCGAUAUGGCCGUUUUUCUUGAAUCAAUGGGGAAAGAUUUCUGCGACAUUAACCUUGUGCUAGAUGGACACAAAAUUCCAGCACAUAAAUCGAUAUUGUCAGCACGCUGCUCAUAUUUCCAGGCGAUGUUUCGAUCAUUUAUGCCCCCGGAUAAUAUAGUUAAUAUACAAAUUGGUGACGUUUCUCCCUCUUUGGAAGCCUUCAAUUCUCUUCUACGCUAUAUUUACUACGGAGAGACUAAACUGCCGCCGCAAGAUGCAUUAUAUCUAUUCCAGGCUCCAUCAUUUUAUGGAUUAUCAAACAAUCGUUUACAAUCUUUUUGUAAAUACUCUCUAGAACAUAAUAUAACAUAUGAAAAUGUACUACAAACGCUUGAAGCUGCGGAUAUAACAAAAGUGUAUGAUAUCAAAGAACAUGCUUUGAAACUUAUAGUCAAAGAGUUUUCAACGGUAGCACGUUUACCCAAAAUGUCCACUCUUAGCCGAGAACUCUUGUUAGAAAUUAUUCAAGCUGUCGCCGACGCCCAUGGAGAAGUUCUUAUGUCAAAUGACUUAUCUUCAAUCAGUAUAAAUACCGAGCUUUGAAAGUUGAUAUUAUUGCAACCAGCGUUUAGUGUAUUACUAUCUUGGCUGAACACAAAUAAUUUUCGUUUGUAGUUUACAGCAAGGUAAAUUCCAUUGGAAGGGUUAAGUCAAAUUCCAUAAGAGUAUGUGAUAAAUUUUGUGAAAGAUUGUUUACCAGCUCAGAAGCAAGUUGAUUAAUUAAUGAAUAAUUCAUCAAUUCCUCCUAACGAUAGUCAUCGAUUUAUGAGUAGUAGUUAUUAUUUGGGUUGAAUCGGCACUAAAAUAAUAAUUUAUAAUUUAUAUAAUUACAAUGUAUGUCGCACGUGUAAAAUGCUACUCGAUUUUCAAAUAAAAAUGAGGUUGCGUAAU